CCGGAAGUGAUUCACCUGACAUACAACUUUUCAACUUUCUUUGAAAGAAUGAAUAAUCUGCUGUAUAUUGAUACUGCUGUGCCACAGGUGUAUAAAUAGAUAGCUAUGAUUGGACAAUUGGGUUUAAACUAACAAUUUAAGGAGGUAAGGAUCAGACAUGUCCGUGAAGGCUAGUUUUCAGUCCUAUAGCAGGCAUUGUGUCAAAAGUGGAUGGUUGAAGAAACAAGGUGGUGUAGUGAAAUCAUGGAAAGAAAGAUUCUUUAUCAUUAAAGGAGGCUAUAUGACGUAUUAUGCCAAAGAAGAUGACAGUAAGAAACUGGGAAGUAUAGAACUGAUAGGCAAUAGAGUGGUUGAAGUUCCCAGCUCUAAUAAUGGGGAUGACCCACCCAGGUUCCUGUUUGAAAUUAUAUCAGGAGAGGGACAGGGUAAGAUGGCCAGUAAUCAUGAGACAUAUCUGCUGUGGGCUGAGACAGACCAGGAAAGAAAAGACUGGAUGAAGGCUAUAAGACGUGUUAUGUAUGCAUCCAUUGGAGGAGCCAUAUUUGGGCAGAACCUACGUGAUACUAUGCUGUAUGAGAGCAGACAAGGUCAGAGAAAGGUACCUCAGAUUGUGGAACAAUGUACUGACUUCAUCAUCAAACAUGGCCUUGAGGUUGAGGGAGUAUUCAGGCUCCCAGGUCGAGCAGCAUUCAUCAAAGAGAUACGUGAGAGAUAUGACCUUGGCCAGAGACCUGACCUUGAACAACUUGGAGCUGAUAUCCACACCGUCUGCUCGCUUUUGAAAUUGUACUUACGUGAACUGCCAGAGCCUCUAAUCCCAUAUGAAAUGUAUGAAAAGUUUUACAAAGUGGCCAUGAGGGAUAUUUGUGAAGAUGAGGAUAAGGCCUUCGAUAAACUGAUAGAGUAUUUGUCAAAAGUGCCCGUUUAUGACUACAAUGUAUUGAAACAUAUGUGCAAGUUUCUGCAUACAAUAACAGAACACUGUGAGGUCAACAAAAUGCACGCUGUAAAUUUGGGAACUAUUUUCAACAUCAGUUUUAUCGCUCCCAAUGAUGAUGACCCAACAUUGUUGAUGGGGGUUUCCCCAGGGUUAACACAAAUCAGCGCACUUUUGAUUGCGAAUCAAGAGCGACUUUUCAAAUUGGAGUAUAAUUCUAAUGGAGACUCGAUUGUCGUGGAUAAUUUACUGGAUAUGGAAAAUCAGGAGACCAGUGAACAAAGUCUUGUACCCCCACUCACCCCAGCAACUGUGGAGCUGAUGACUGGUUUGACAUUGUCCUCGGAAGAAGCUAGAGAAAUGAUGAAAAAUGGAUCGGGGGAAUUGUCAGAUUCCUUAUCUACAGAUUCAGACAGUUCAUCAGCUAAGGACUUUGCAGAACUUGAUCCUAUUAGUUAUAUAAGCAGACUUGAACAAGAGAUCUCUAAAUUAAAAUCAGAACUAAAGUCAACGAAAAAAGAGAAAAAAGCCUUAAAAGAGAAAUAUGAGAAACAGAUUGUGCAGAUGGCGAAAAAAAUGUCGGAUGAAAAAGAGUCAACCGCAGCGUCUGUUGCAAGGAUCAUUGAUCUCCAGUCAAAGCUUCAGGAAUAUCAGCUGAAAUAUGGACCUCUGGGCUAAGACUAUCUCUUUUUCAUUUCAAAAUGUCAUCUGGUCACGCUGACUUGAGUAGGAAGGUAAUAGCGGGAUAAGGAUAAUAGUUGACACUCAAAAGUGUACAGAAGUGGCAGAAAUACAGAAGGUUUAUUAAAAGUUUUAAGAGAAAUAUGUGAUAAAGCAGGACCAAU